AUGCAGAACCCGCAGCUGCGCAGCCAAGCGUGUGCACGGGGCGAGCGCCUCCGAUCCAUCCCUGAGGUCCCUUCAGGCCAGCGGAAAUUGAAAGCACCGGCCCCUCCGCCACCGAAAGUGACUUCGAAGAAGUCUCUCAGUCCCUCGUCGUCGUCAUCAUCAUCAUCAUCGUCGUCGUCGUCCUCGUCAACGGCAUCGUCUCUAUCCCCGUCAUUGUCGACGUCGCUCGCCACAACCUCAAUCCUUUCGACUUCGGCCCUCAGUACGACUUCAGCGAGCUUAUCGUUCACACCUGGUAGCGCGGUGGUGAACAACGGUGUUAAGAAACGCUCUGCACCGAAACGUCCGUCGAGCGAAAUCGGCGAAACGAAUUGCGCGGGAAUGCGGAACGUCACCUUGAAACGACAGCAGAACUCCCCGCUGGGCUUCUCGAUCCGAGGCGGUAGAGAACACGGUACCGGUAUUUACGUCAGUCAGGUGGACCCGAAGUCAGAGGCAGAAUCGGCGGGAAUCAAAGCCGGCGACCAAAUCCUCAAAGUCAAUGGCUUCCCAGUGGAUCAGUUCGUCCACGCCGAAGUGUGCAUGAUGCUUAAACAGAACAACGUAAUCACGUUGAAGCUCACAGGCACUGGUCUGCUACCGGUUAAGGACCGCGGCGACGUGGUUCUGAAACCGGUGGCUAACGUGGAAACCAGUGCUUCCGUGAACAUCCCGGAGCCUCCCGUAGAACCCGACUUCAGUAAAGACUGUCCGCCGUCGGCGCCCACGGUACCGCCGGCACCGCCCGCUCCGCCCAACACAAUGCGGCCGAUACCUCCUCCGAUGCCAACCCAUAUGUUUGUCUCCGAGCUCCACUCAGUUGCGCAACAACUGCGCAAGCUUCAGAUCACCAAAGAUAUCGCCCUGGAGAACCCACUGCUCAAACAGGUGGCCAUCAAUCAACUGCAGCACGACAAGCUGAUGUCGGAAUUCAAAGAGGCGCACCGGAAAAUGUUCGGCCGCGGUCAGAGUAGUCGAUUCCCGGACGACUUCAGCGACACCGACAAAACAAUCGAACGUCAGAAAACCGAGCGCACAGAAGUUCUCUGCAUGAAAAAUUCUACCGCCGAAGCUACGCAGAGCAAUCUGAGGUCUUCUUCGGCGUCGAGUUUGUUGUCGCUGAAGACGGACAGUGGGCGAGGCAGCACGUCACCGAAUCAGCCGAGCAGCGCUUCCAGCAGUCCAGCGUCUUCGAUUGUUGGCGAAGGAUCCUCACCAACGAGGAAAGCGGCUCCGCUCUUGAAAGCGUUCGGCGGUGUCGGCGGGGUCCAAUCGCGACACUUACGUCGAGAAUCGUCGAAUCUUGAGCUGUCCACCCCGAACAAGACUCAGAACGUGAGUCGUCCGCCGCUUCGACGGGAACAAUCAAACUUGGAAUUGAGUUCGCUGCAAAGCGAGAUGCCCGAGACGAAUCCCGCGCCGAAAAAAGUCACCAAACCCGAAAGCGAGACGCCAGCGCCCCUCGUCACGGCAUGCCCUUUCGGCAGUGCGGGUCGACGGGACGCGGGCAGCCCUCUAGAGAAACAGUUUAUAGUUCAAGAUAAAAAUAUCAAGAGGGACGCGUCGACGCUGAUUAUUCCAAAGAGAGACUUCGAGAAGGUCGAGUUCAAACGGGACUUCACUUCGCCGGUGGAUAUUCGGGGUUUCGAACCGAUUCCCGAGGAUCCAUUCACCGGAAAUCGAUCGGGUAGAACGGAAGUCAUAUUCAUUCGGAAUUCCAGAGAAAACGGUCGCGACAUCGAGACGAGCUCCGUCAUCUCGAGCGACGAGGGCUCGACGUAUUCGGGAAGCUCGGGAUGCGGAGAGUUGGUCGGAAGGCUCCGGAGGCAGUUCGAGGACCCUGGCAGCGACACGGAUAGCAGCGGAUCUGUGGGAGGGAGCGGGGGAAGCAAUAAGUUGGCUUUAUUCAAACGGAACUCGAGCGCCGUCGCCGCGAGCGGUAAAAUCACCGUUAGCAUCGGAUUGGCCCCUUUGCCAAAGAACGCUUGUUAGAACGUAGUCGAUAGUUAGUUUUGUGAUUGCUGGAUGGAUGGAUUGACGAACGAAAGAACGAUUCAUUGAUCG